GAGACGUGUCCCAUAUCGGCUGAGACUGCUAGUCAGUGCGUGUUGGAUUGGGGUUUACAGACAGUCUAAACGACAGGUCCAGAAGAGUUCACUGAGUUUAUAGAAUCGAAGUGUCCAGUCCCUUCAGAUGUUAUUCGGGGGGUUGGUGGGGACUCCACAAGGGUCUGGUCAAUUGGGUCGACUCCGGACACCUUUUCCAAUGUGCGUAAAACGGUUUUAUCUCCUCGUCCUCUUUUCCGGACUAGCAACUUCAGGCGUGUUACCGGUCAGUGGGAUGAGGGUGUACACGUCAGGGGAGGUGGAGGCGGUGAACGGCACAGAUGUGCGGCUGAAAUGUACCUUCCAGAGCAGCUCGCCCAUCACCCCAGCAACGCUCACUGUCUCAUGGAGCUUCCGCCCCCUCGAACCUGGCCGUGAGGAGUCAGUGUUCUACUACCAUGAGAGGCCUUACCCUCCCCCAGAAGGGCGUUUCCAUAAGCGGGCGACAUGGGCGGGUGAUAUCAUGGGGCGGGACGCCUCCAUCGUGGUGCGUGAGGUCAAGUUCACCUACAACGGGACGUUCAGCUGCCAGGUGAAGAACCCUCCGGACGUCCACGGCAACGCGGGGGAGGUGAAACUGACCGUGGUCACCACAGCCUCCUUCUCUGAGAUUGUCAUUCUGGCUGUAGCCAUCGGGGGCGCCAUCAUGCUGAUGGUCAUCCUCCUCGUCAUCAUCAUGUCAAUAAGGCAAUGUCUCAAGAAGAGACAGGAGGAGUGGGUGGAAGAACUGCCUCGCAGAGAGAGAAAGGACCCUACAGUGUGGUAAGACGGAGAGAGCGAGAAGGAGCGAGAGAGAGUGGGAUCUCUCCAACCUGUCUUCCCUCUGGCUGGGCUCUGUGGUGCUUACUUCUGGGACAGGGCUCAGUCAAUUGCUCGGUCUGCGUGGACACUCUCCUCCGAACCUAGCUUUGGAACCAAAACCUGGACCUAUCGUUGGGCAGAUGUUUUUACAAAGAGCAGACUUCAAUGCUAAAAGUGCCUUAGAAUACUACUGUAGAUUAUCCAUCUGCUGGAUCCUGUAUCUUACCGCCAUGCACCUUCUGGAAAGACAGUAGGCCUGCAUUAAUAUUUUCCUGUAUAUCAAAUGGGCUUCUUAACACAUUUCCUGUUUAAGUGUAGAUGUUUUAUGAGAUAGUUGUGGAAAAUAAUGUACAAUAUUUCUAUUGUGAUUUACUACUACCAGUUUCAAACUAACAUCUGCCAAAUCAUUUUCCAAUCGCAUAGGACUUAGUAAGCCAAUGCCCAUGGUUGUAUAGGUACCAGCAGUCUCUCUCUCAUCUGGCUCAAUGCAUUUCAACCACAAGUCCACGACAAGAUGUCUUUACAUUUCUGUCUUAGUUUACUGCUGGCUGAUCAAUGAUAUUAUUUGAUUUUGUCCUGAAGUGAUUUUGUAUUUCUAAACAGAUGUGUUUUUUUUAUCAGUGAAAAUGUUCAACUACUGCAGAAAUACUCAAAAUGCUGUCAAUAUUCACUGCAAGACCUAAGGCACUUGCAUAAAGCAGACAUUUCUCAAAUAUUAUAAUCAACAUACAGUUGAUUAUAUCAACAUUGUUAAAUCAUUAUUUUCAAAUUAUUAAACAAUUCAAAUAAUUUACUAUUUCACUAUGACUGUCACUGUAUUGUAGUUUUUUCACCUUUAGACGGUUGAAACCUUAUGUGUCUGUUUUAGACAGUGCAAUUAUGGUCAGUUGAACACAUCAAAUGCUAUAUCAGUAGUGUUCUUUAUCUAUGGUCUAUGGAUGAAGGGACUACUUUGCCUCUCAUUCUGUUGGGUUUUCAGAUCCCUCUGCAUUGGGUGCUUCUUUAGGUUUCAAUUUAAACAACGUCAUGUGUAACCACAUAUGCCUCACCAACAAAAGCCAACUCUACUACUUGGCGAUGGAAGUAUUUUUCUUUUACAACAACAAAAUCCAGACCAAUUGAUUGAUCCCGAUCAAACAUGGUGUUCCAAGAUGGUAUCGCUUGAAGAGUUGUUCUUUUCCUAUUCAUUGAAGAGGUGGCUGCCUCUCAUCUAAAAGGCAAAUUCAUGCUCAACCUUUCCCGAUUUUGAUCUCUGCGUGUGCGUAUGUUCGUGUUUGUGUGUGUGUCCCUGUUCCUGGCCUUGUCCUCUGUGUGUGUGUGUGUGUGUGUGUGUGUGUGUGUGUGUGUGUGUCUUAGCCACCCUGCAAGGGCCAUCCACCUGUAUAUGGACGAUGACGUGCUAGAGGUUGACAGCUCGGACGGUAUGAUCUCUGAGGCCAGCACUAAGGACCCCAGUUCCUCUGAGGAAGACGACAGGAGCUCUGACUACGACGGAGGUGAUGACUCUGACUGAGAUAGGGACAGUGGCACCACAGGAGACUGACCAGGUGAAUCCAGGUGACCUGUGAUUUCUUAAUCCAGCCCUGCCUCUGAGCAUGGCAGCCAGGACGACAUAACAGCAGGGAUCAGGAGACGAGAACAUGAGGGGAAUGCCUUUACAGUAUUGUAUCUCAAGCGGUGUAUGUUUGAAGAGUCUAGAACAAGAAUACAUCAGAAUCCUAUUGGAUGUAGAUGAUGAUGAAGUUUUAGAGGUAAAAUAGGAAGCACCAGGCAGCAUAGCAGACUAGUAUGGCCCAAAUCAGGACAGAGGGAGAGGGACAGAACACUGCUUCCUGAAUGAGUUGAGAGGAGCUGCAGAAAGAAAAAAACUGGGAUCUCACUUAACAAAAGGGAUGUAUUACAUCAAGAAUGUUGGACUGAUUUGAAUAGUGUUCCGUUUAUAUGGAAAAAUAACAAGUCUUACAACGAUGAUUGACUGUCCUCAGUGCUCGCCGGGGUGCGUGGGAGUUGAAGAGUCGCAUGCAGUCAGAUCUGAAAACCCUUUGAUUCCAAAAAUCUCCUUGAGACUUUUUAUUUUAUUAACGGAGGAUGCAUCCUACUCACAUUUUACCGUACCACUCUUUUACAGAAUUUUGUUUUGUACAACUGAGAAAUGUGUUUUUUGUCUCUGCAUUUUAGACACGCAAGAAGUAUGUUCUCCUGUUGUUUAAAAAAAUCCAAGUUAAUGUUAUUGUUUGAUUUAUAAUAAAAUUCCUUUUACUGAA